AUGGCGACACCUAGCAGCAGCAAGGCCGUGGCAACGCCCGACCCCAAAGAUGUCCAUACGAACCCGCGCGGCAUUCCCCAGGCACCGUUUGUCGACAAAGUCGAGGACUAUGUGACGUCGCGUGAGGACGUCGAACCAACGCUGCGGCGGUUCCAGGAGAUGAUCUCGAAAUACCAGUUCAUGGAAUCCAACCUGCAGCGUCGGGUGAGCGGCCUCGACGAGAAGUUGCCCGACAUCCAAAAGACGCUCGACACGGUGCGGUUCCUGCAGACACGGAGGCCAGGCGCAAAGAAGAGCGCAGGCGACAAUGACGACGAUGAGCUGGCGAGCGACGACGACGACGACGACGACGAAAACGACGAGGGCGCGGCCAUCGAGACGACGUUUGAGCUCAACGACACGCUCUACGCCAAGGCCACGAUCCCGCCGACGGACGAGGUGCAUCUUUGGCUCGGAGCCAACGUGAUGUUGUCGUAUCCAAUCGACGAGGCCCAGGCGCUGCUGGAGCAGAAGCUUACGUCGGCGCAGACGACCCGACGCAACUGCGAGGAGGACCUUGAGUUUCUGCGGGAACAGAUCACGACAAUGGAGGUCGCUAUUGCGCGGGUGUACAACUGGGACGUGGUGCAGAAGCGCAAGGAGAAGACGGAGGCCGAGUCGGCCAAAGGCAGCAGUAGCAAGGGCGGCGCCGACGAGCCGGAUGGCUAG